CAACCGACAUCGACGAGCUCUUCCACCGACGUUAACGGCCCCGACGCACUAAUCUAUCCCAAUGGCCACCGCUGAACUCGCCGCUACCUACGCCGCCCUCAUCCUCGCCGAUGAAGGUAUCGAGAUCACCUCCGACAAGAUCAUCGCAUUAACGUCGGCGGCCGACGUUGAGCUCGAGCCCAUCUGGGCAACGCUCCUCGCCAAGGCGCUCGAGGGCAAGAACGUGAAGGACCUGCUAUCGAACGUCGGCGCCGGCGGUGCCGGCCCCGCAGUUGGCGCUGCACCCGCCGCUGCCGGCGGUGCACCCGCUGCUGCUGCUGAGGAGAAGGCCGAAGAGAAGGAGGAGGAGAAGGAGGAGUCCGACGAGGAUAUGGGCUUCGGUCUGUUCGAUUAAGCGGUGUUGCCGUCGUUGGAUGUUGUAUUGUCCGCGCUGUGUUGUCUCCUCCUUGGGUCCCUCCUCCCGCCUUCACUUGCAUUUUGCUCUCCGCACUCGCAUUGUAUCCAUUGCAAGACGCCCUCCCUCUGCCUCCAAAAUUAUCUUUCCUCCGUACAGCGGUAUGCUCUAUGCGUAAUGCAGUAUGACACAUUAUGGCUCUCCAGAUCGCGAGUUGGAUUGUCGCCAGGAGACGUCGGUGUGAUGAUGGUGUGACUAUGCUUGACUCUGAUGAUAGAAAGAUACUUCCAAAUAUCUUAGGCUUGA